GUAGCAUUCUCCCAAGCUGAAAGGAGCUCCAGGCACUAGGACCUGUAGCAUUCUGCCCAGCUGAAAGGAGCUCUAGGACUCCACUGACUUUUCAGAACAAUCGAUUUUCAAACAAGUGCAAGAGCCUGAGUGGAUUGUCUUCCCUCAAUGAGAAGGAGACCUGACUCAUGAAGAUAAACCUGUGGAAUAACUCACACACUGGAAUAUAGCUUAGUAUUGGUUGCGACAUCCAUUUGUGAAGAGGGGAGAGGAGCCGUUGCAGAGGGGCCAGGGCCGAGCUGGGGGCCACAGAGAGCUAGAAAGACAGGCCUGAUGGCAGGAGCCUGGAAGGCAGUCCGCUCUGAACACGUGCUCUAGGAGCCCGCCCCGCCCGGGGCCACAAUUCCUGGGGAAGAAACACGGCACAGGUGUGUGUGUGUCCAUGAGGUCGUCCAUGCUGGUCUUGAUCCUCGUGGUCAGUGCCCAGGCCGUGUGCACCAUGGGAGGGGACUUCUGCCCCAUGGCCUCCGCUCAGCAGCAGGGCCCUACCCCUAACAGGACCCCUAACUCUGCCCCCACCGUGGACCCCAAACUCUUCACCAAGCGACGCUAUCGCUCACCCCGCGUUCUCUUCAGUGCACAGCCGCCCGACAAAGAGCCCACGGGACGCCAGGGGUCCGGGGCCAGCAGGGCAAGGCGCAUGGUAGGUCAGCCACAGCACCGGGGGGUGUACUCUGUGUGUGAGAGUGUCAGCAACUGGGUGGGCAACAAGACCAAGGCCACAGAUAUAUCUGGCAAUGAGGUGGAGGUGCUCCCUGACGUCAACAUUAACAACGUCAAGAAAAAGCAGUACUUCUUUGAGACCACGUGCCGUGGCGCCCGGGCGGGCAGCUCUGGCUGCCUGGGCAUCGACGGGCGACACUGGAACUCCUACUGCACCAACUCGCACACCUUCGUGCGGGCGCUGACUUCCUUUAAGGACCUGGUGGCCUGGAGACUGAUCCGCAUCGACGUGGCCUGUGUGUGUGUGCUCAGCCGAAAGUCCUGGCGACAGUGACCGUACUGUAAUCACUGGUCCUGUAGUCACUGCAGUACUGACCGACAGGACCACAUGGUUACUGUUAUGAAGUCACGGCAAUACUGCAUUUCAAACCCCCACCACCCCACUGGAGUACUGCAGUUCCAACCCCCCACCCCACUGGAGUACUGCAGUUCCAACCCCCCACCCCACUGGAGUACUGCCGUUCCAACCCCCCCACCCAACUGGAGUACUGCAGUUCCAACCCCCCCCCACUGGAGUACUGCAGUUCCAAUCCCCCCACCCCACUGGAGUACUGCAGUUCCAACCCCCCACCCUACUGGAGUACUGCAGUUCCAACCCCCCACCCCACUGGAGUACUGCAGUUCCAACCCCCCACCCCACUGGAGUAC